AUGGCGGAGCCACUACCCACAGAAGUCGAAGCCUCGUACUCGGCAAUCAUCGACGAGAUCUUACGCGGUAGUGACCUCAACACGAUUUCUGCAAAGCGCAUACGGAAGGGACUGCAAGAACGAGUCGAAUAUGAUACUACGCACCAAAAGGAUCAAAUCACCGCACUCAUCAUGCAGCGCUUCGACAAGUUCAACUCAGAACAGAACGGCAGUUCCGAACCCUCAGAGCCCAUCCCCACCGUCGAGAAUGGCGCCAAGGCCACCAAUGGAGACAUCUCGGACGCCUCAAACCACAAGCGAUCACCCGACGACGAAUCUGCUCUCUCAGAGCUCGAAGACUUCGUACCUCCGAAGAAGAAGGUCAAGAAAAGCAAAGUCGCCGAGGACGACGAUGCAGCUUAUGCAGCGAGACUACAGGCUGAAGAGAAUGCGCGGAUGCGGUCGACGCGUGGCGGGAACACUAAGCGGAAGGCACCUGCGCCAAAAAAGAAGACUAAGAAGAAGAGCUCGAACAAGGUCAAGGAUGAGGAUGACAGUGACAUUGCGUCUGGUAGUGGAGGGGAGAAGAAGAGCCCGAGUCGGAAGGGAGGUUUUCACGUACGGUUUACCCAUCCCAGCCCAACUGCCUACUUUUUGAAUCACAACCUGACAAUGAGCCCACAGAAACCGAUGGCACUCUCUCCCGCACUUUCCGAACUCCUCGGCGAAACCCAGCUCUCGCGCCCUCAAACCGUCAAGAAGAUAUGGGAAUACGUCAAGGAGCGUGAACUGCAAGAUCCGAGCGACAAGCGACAGAUCCGGUGCGACGACGCCAUGCGUGCUGUCUUCAAGCAGGACCGCGUACAUAUGUUCACUAUGAACAAAAUCCUUAAUCAGAAUCUAUAUGCGGUGGACGAGGUGAAUUAG